GCGCGCGGCCGCAACCGCCAGUCAGCUCUCUUCCCCUACCCUUCCUCCCCUUUCUCCUCUCCCCCUCCUCCUCUGCCUCCUAGAGCGAGACGCCAACAUGGAGCCCGAGGACCUGCCGUGGCCCGGCGAGCUCGAGGAGGAGGAGGAGGAGGAGGAACAGGCGGAGGAGUCUGCGAACCAGGAAGAGGACGAGGUGGUGGAGGUGGUGGAGGUGGUGGAGGAGGUGGAGGAAGGGGAGGGGCGGGAGCUGGACUCGGACUUUAAUUAUGAGAGCCAGCCACGGGAGAGCACGGACGACGAGGACGACGAGGAGGCCAAGGCCUGGCUGCAGGCGCACCCCAGCGGGAGUUUGCUUUCGUCGUCGCGCCCGAGCCACCGCUUCUUGGAGGACGAGCGGACCGGCCCGGAGAAGGUUGUUCCAUUGACCUGUCAUGUAUGGCAACAGUCACUAUAUCAAGACAAUAGUGGUAUACAGAUUUCUGAUGCUAAUGUAGUCUCUGUGAAAAAAACAGCUCAGUGGGAUUCUGGAGAUGAUCAGAGAACAGAAUCUUGGCAUUGUCUUCCUCAAGAGAUGGAUUCUUCCCACACUUUGGAUACAACCCAUACCAGUUUUAAUAUGAGAGAGGAAAGGACCAAAGUGACAGGCUUCCCCUCUCUGGAGGAAGGUAUAUUGACCCAACCGGAAAAUCAAGUAAAGGAACCCAAGAGAGAUCUCUUAUGUUCACCGCUGCUAGUCAUACAAGACAACUUUGCUUCUCCUGAUUUGCCUUUGCUGACAUGUUUGACACAAGAUCAAGAGCUUGGGUCUGAUUCCUUAUUUCAACAAAGUGAACUAGAUUUUGCACCUCUGAGGGGAAUUCCUGGUAAGUCUGAAGAUACUGAAUGGUUUUCUCGACCGUCGGAAGUUAGCGAAGCUGUAUUCCAGGCAGCCUCAGAAGUAGCUUCAGACUUAGUUAACAGUUGCAUUAGUGUAUCUCAGCACUCACUUCUAGGUAGUGCAGCUGUUGGGUCUCAGCGCUCCUUUUUACGUCCUGAACAAGGGACUAAAGAAGAGACUGUUUCAUCUGAUACAGAUGAUGAACUGCAAACCUCCGAAGACUUCGAUAGUUGUGAUGCUCUGUGUUCAUAUGUGGCAUGGAAGACACAAGAAGUUCAGGAGCCAGAAGCCAGUUUAGCAGAUGAAGGUCAAGUUUCAGUUUCAGCUUCAUCUGAAACAAGCGAUGAAUACAUGACUUCUAAAGAAAGUGACAGUUUUGAUGAUUCUUAUUCAUAUGUGCAGUAUUGGAAACAGAAAGCUUUACAGCAGUCAGGAAAAUAUUUAACCAGUAAGGAUCAUGAUUCUUAUUCAGAUUCAUCUGACACAAUUGAUAAAAAUAAAAUUCCUGAGGGAAGUGACAAUUUUAGUGCCCCCUUUUCAUGUAUACCAUGGAACAAACAGGAAACUUCACACCAUCCAGAAACACAUGUGAUCAGUAAGGACCGUGUUUCUUUUCCACAUGAAGUUCCUCCUCGUUUUAAUAACAAAAUGUCACAUUCUGUCUUGUGUUGUCUGUUGGAAAGAAGAGGAGAGGGCAUUCCCUUGACAGCUAGUAGUCAUUUUUUUGACAGUGUUUAUUUAAAGGCUCCAGCUGAGAAUGAGGUGAAAGACAUGAUAGAUUCUUUGGAGGGGUGUGAAAGAAAUGAAGAAGGUCAGGGGAAAGAAUUAUCUCAAGGUUUUGAACUAAAGGAGAGUAGAAGAACCUUAGUAUUUUCAGAGGUGCAUCCCAGAUCUUCAGAAAUACAGUCUAUUGAGAGUGUUGUAGUUCCUGAUAAUUCUAUACAAGUUUCAGAAAUACAUAUACACUGUAGGGGACCAGGUACCUCUAAGAUGGAGGUGUCUGGUGGUCCUCUUCAGACUCUUAAAUCCAACUUGGAUGAGACAUCAGAACAACUUUAUUUUCAAGGGGAAAGAGACCAAAAGGCAACUUCUGCUUUUAGUGGAAAAAGUGUUGAUGCUUCUGAAAAUGUAGCCUUUGAGGCAGUUAUUGCCUCUAUUGAGCCUUCCAAGAAAGAGAGUACAGUAAAUGAAAUCCAAACUGACAUCAAUAAGUCUUUAAUAAAUAAUAGCCAAGAAAGUGAAUCAAAAAAUCCAUAUCUUUCCCUAUUAAAUUAUAAUGAUGAAAGCUCUUUCUUUGAUAAGCUUAGUCAUCCAUGUUAUGAGUCCACUCCUAGGGUGUUUGAAUUAGCAGCUUCAAAACCAUUGUUGCUUAAAAAAGAUAAUGGUGAUAGUUCCUUCUAUUGGCAUCCUAAUUUAAAGUCACUCCCCAGUGCUCCUCAGGAAAUGUUUAUUAAGCCACUUUCUCUUAUUCCAGAGUGGAAGUCAUCUGCUUCUUUGUGUGAAAAAUCUCACAGCCAGGCUGUUGGUCUUGGCAAAGCACAGUCAGCUUUAUUUCAGUGUGAUAUAGGCAAUGAACCAUUUCUUCCCAUUGGGAAGAUAGAGUCUGUUCCUGUUCUUGACCUUACAGAGAAGGUAGGAUCUUCAAACAUUUUUUAUCCGUUGAAAGUAUGGACUUCAGAUUCGUUGGUUUUACAAGAUUUAAAGCAGCAAACCUUGGAAGAAGUUGCAGAUUCCUCAAACUAUAUUUUGGGUAAGAAUAUAAACUCUAGUAACAUCAUUGAAAGUCCAUCUGCAGGAUGGACUGUAGGAAGCAGCUUUUCAGCAAACUUGGUGACAUGUGAUGCAAAGUCACAAGGUACUUUACCAGUGACCAGUAACGCAUCAUUAGUUGCAGUUGGCCAAGAGACGUUGCUGAAAGCUGAUGUAGGCCAAGAUAAAAUUCCUCGGCCUAUGGGAGCCAAGUCCAGUUUCACUAUACAUACAAUUAUGCAAAAUGACUCCUGUUUUCUAGAGGGGCUUCAGGUGAAGGCUGAAUCUGACAUCUGUACUCUGGAUGAUGAUACUGAAUCCUGUAGCCUAGAUGAAAAUGCUGUUGUACGCAGUACAAGAGUUGCUGAUCUACAAAGAGAGGUAUGUGACCAAGGUGACCUGACUGGAGAGUACAUUGAGCUAGCAGGUUUAAAAAAUGUGCUUGAUGAUCUAGAGGUUUGUGACAGCUUUCUGCACUGGCAGUCUGCCUUACAACUGUCAUCUAAGCAAGAGAGUGAUUUUCAGGAGCUUGUAGAUCAUUCCAAUACAGACAUUAAUCAGUCUUUUUCAUCUGUAUUGCCUCCAUUUGUUCCUCAUGAGCUAACCAGAGAGUUGGAGUAUCACUAUUCAGAUCUCAGAAUGUUGAGGGUAUCUCCUGACACUGUGCAAAAGACUCUCAAACAUUUAGCAGGAGAUACUUCUAAAGGAGGCACAGCUGAAAUUACUCAGUCCACCUUGAAACCAGGCAUCAGAGAUUCAGAUAUUGGAUCUCAUUUUUCCUUGUUCCCUGAGGACUUUCCUCAGUUGGCUUUAAGGUUUUCUCAAGAGACUACUAUUGGUCCACAUACUGAUAUACUCAGCCAACAAGCAUUGGAUAGUCAUACAACUGAAAAGACUCUAAAAGUUUCAACUGUUCAUGAACUAGCUGACCAGAAGACUGGAAUAUCAACAGUGCCCUCUAGUUCCUACUCACAAAGAGGGAAGCCUGGUAUUUUCUGCUUACAGUACUUGCCAGGUCGUCAUCUAACUGAAGAGGCUCCAAAAGUUUUGGCUGUUCCGGGACCUGCUGACCAGAAGACUGGCAUACCGACAGUCUUUCCAAGUUCCUACCCACUUGGAGAGAAGCACAGUAUUUUCUACUCGCAGGCCUUGCCAGACAGUUAUGUAACUGAAGAGGCUCUGAAAGUUUCAGCUGUUCCUGUAUCUGCUGACCAGAGGACUGAGAAAAUAACAGUACCUUCUACUUCCUAUUUACAAAGAGAAAAGCAUGUUAAUUUUUCCCAGCAACAGUCAUCAGAUAGUCAUCUAACUGAACAGGCCUUGAAAGUUUCAGUUGUGUCUGGACCAGCUGGUGAAAACACUGGGAUACCUAUAUUACCUUCAAUUUCCUCCUCACUUGGAGAGAAGCCCAGUGUCUUUUACCAGCAGGCCUUGCCAGAUAGUCAUUUAAUUGAACAGGCUCAGAAAGUUUCAGCUGCUCCUGGACCAGUUGAUCAGAAGACUAGGAUACCUGCAGCAUCCUCUACUUACUACUCAUAUGGAGAAAGGCCCCAAAUUUUCUAUCAGCAGACAUUGCCAGAAAAUCAUCUACCUGAACAGGCUCUGAAAUUUUCAGCUGCUCCUGGAUCUAAUGAGCAGAAGACUGGGAUACCAACGGUAACCUCUACUCCUUAUUCACAUAGAGAGAAGCUCAAUCUUUUCUGCCAACAGGAGUUGCCAGAUAGUUCUCUAACUGAACAGGCUCAGAAAGUGUCACCUGUUACUGGAUCUGCUGAGCAGAAGACUGGGAUACCAACUCUAACCUCUGCUUCCCAUUCACAUAGAGAGAAGCCCAAUCUUUUCUGCCAACAGGAGUUGCCAGAUAGUUCUCUAACUGAACAGGCUCAGAAAGUGUCACCUGUUCCUGGACCUGCUGAGCAGAAGACUGGGAUACCAACCCUAACCUCUACUUCCUAUUCACUUGGAGAGAAGCCUAGUCUUUUCUAUCAACAAGAGUUGCCAGAUAAUCCUCUAACUGAACAGGCCCAGAAAGUUCUAGCUAUUCCUGGACCAGAUGACCAGAACACUGGGAUAUCAAUAGGGUCCUCUAGGCCCUACUCACUUGGAGAGCAACCCAAUAUUUUCUCCCAGCAGGUAUUACCAGAUAGUCAUCUAACUGAAGAGACUCUGAAAGCUUCAUCUGCUCCUAGACCAGGUGACGCAAAGACUGGGGUACCAACAGUACCUUCUAGUUCUUAUUCACCUAGGGAGAAGUCCGGUAUUUUCUACCAACAGGUCUUACCAGGCUGUCAUCUAUCUGAAGAGGCUCUGAAAGUUUCAGUUGCUACUGUACCAGCUGAAAUAAAGAGUGGGUUACCAUCAGAAGGCUCUAAUUUCUACACAGAGAGAGAGAAGACCAGUAUUUUCUACCAACAGGAGUUGCCAGACAGUCAUCUAACUGAACAGGCUCAGAAAGUGUCACCUGUUCCUGGACCUGCUGGGCAGAAGACUGGGAUACCAACCCUAACCUCUGCUUCCCAUUCACAUAGAGAGAAGCCCAAUCUUUUCUGCCAACAGGAGUUGCCAGAUAGUUCUCUAACUGAACAGGCUCAGAAAGUGUCACCUGUUCCUGGACCUGCUGAGCAGAAGACUGGGAUACCAACCCUAACCUCUACUUCCUAUUCACUUGGAGAGAAGCCUAGUCUUUUCUAUCAACAAGAGUUGCCAGAUAAUCCUCUAACUGAACAGGCCCAGAAAGUUCUAGCUAUUCCUGGACCAGAUGACCAGAACACUGGGAUAUCAAUAGGGUCCUCUAGGCCCUACUCACUUGGAGAGCAACCCAAUAUUUUCUCCCAGCAGGUAUUACCAGAUAGUCAUCUAACUGAAGAGACUCUGAAAGCUUCAUCUGCUCCUAGACCAGGUGAUGCAAAGACCGGGGUACCAACAGUACCUUCUAGUUCUUACUCACCUAGGGAGAAGUCCGGUAUUUUCUACCAACAGGUCUUACCAGGCUGUCAUCUAUCUGAAGAGGCUCUGAAAGUUUCAGUUGCUACUGUACCAGCUGAAAUAAAGAGUGGGUUACCAUCAGAAGGCUCUAAUUUCUACACAGAGAGAGAGAAGACCAGUAUUUUCUACCAACAGGAGUUGCCAGACAGUCAUCUAACUGAACAGGCUCAGAAAGUGUCACCUGUUCCUGGACCUGCUGACCAGAAGACUGAGAUAUCAACAGUAACCUCUGCUUCCCAUUCACAUAGAAAGAAGCCCAAUCUUUUCUGCCAACAGGAGUUGCCAGACAGUCAUCUAUCUCAAGAAUCUCUAAAAGUUACAGCUGUUUCCGAACCAGUUGACAAGAAGACUGGAAUACCAGUAGUCCCUUCCACUUCCUACUCACAGAGAGAGAAGCCCAUUACUUUUUAUCCACAGGCCAUACCAGAUAUUCAUCUCACUGAAGAGGCUCUGAAAGUUUCAGCCAUAUCUGGAUCAGCUGACUGGAAGACUGGAAUACCAACAGUAUCCUCUAUUUCCUCCUCACAUACAGAAGAGCCUGUUAGUUUUUCCCUACAGGCCUUGGCAGGCAGCCUUCUACUUGAAGAAGCUCUGAAAGUUUCAGUUCUUCCUGGACCAGCUGACCAGAAGGCUGGGUUAUCAUCAGAACCUCCUAGUUCCUACUCACAUGGAGAGAAGCCCAUUAUCUUCUACCCACAGGGAUUGACAGAUAGCCAGGUACCUCAGGAGACUUUGGAAGUUUCAGCUGUUCCUGGACCAGCUGCCCAGAAGACUGGCUUGCCAUCAGAACCUUCUAGCUGCUACUCACAUAAAGAGAAGCCCAUUAUCUUCUGCCUACAGGGCUUGACAGACAGCCAGGUGCCUCAGGAGGCUCUGAAAGUUUCAACUGUUCCUGGACGAGCUGACCAGAAGACUGGGUUGCCAUCAGAACUUUCUAGCUCCUACUCACAUAGAGAGAAGCCCAUUAUUUUCUCCUCACAGGGUUUGACAGAUAGCCAGAUACCUCAGGAGGCUCUGAAAGUUUCAGCUCUUCCUGGACCAGCUGACCAGAAGACUGGGUUGCCAUCAGAACCUUCUAGCUCCUACUCACAUAGAGAGAAGCCCAUUAUCUUCUACCCACAGGACUUGACAGACAGCCAGGUGCCUCAGGAGGCUCUGAAAGUUUCAGCUGUUCCUGGACCAGCUGACCAGAAGACUGGGUUGCCAUCAGAACCUUCUAGUUCCUACUCACUUGGAGGGAAGCCUAUUAUUUUCUACCAGCAGGCCUUAUCAGAUAGACAUCUCACUGAAGAGGCUGUUAAUAUUUCAGCUUCUCCUGGACCAGCAGACCAAGAGACUGGGGUAUCAACAGUACCUUCUAUCUCUUACUCUCAUAUAGAGAAGCCAAGUGUUUUGUACCAACAGCCUUUGUCAGACAGUCAGCUCUCUGUAGAAGCUCUGAAAGUGUCAGCUGUUUCUGGGCCAGGUGACCAGAAGACCAGAAAACCAACAGUUACCUCCACUUCGUACUCACAUAGAGAGAAAGAGAAGCCCAUCAUUUCUUAUCAGCAAGAAUUGCCAGAUCUUACUCAAGAGGCUUUAAAAGUUUUAAAGGUUCCUGGACUAGGUGGCCAGAAGACUGGAAUACCAGCAGUAACUUCUACUUUUUACUCACAUAGAGAGAAGCCUAUCAUUUCUUAUCAUCAGGAGUUGUCAGAUCCUAAUGAAGGUGCUUUAAGAGUUUUAGGCACUCCUGGGCCAGCUGACCAGAAGACUGGGAUACAAAUUGGGCCCUCCACUUCCUAUUCACAUAGAGAGAGCCCCAUCUUUUCUUACCAGAAGGAGUCAUCAGAUAUUACUGAAGAAACUUGGAAAGUUUCACCUGUUUCUGGACCAGCUAACCAGAAGACUGAGAUACAUAUAAUCCCCUCUAGUUCCUACUCAUACAGAGAGAAGGACAGUAUUCUUUACCAGCAGGAGCUUCCAGAUGUUACUGAAAAAGUUUUAAAAGUUUUUGCUCUUCCUGGACCUGCUGACCAGAAGACUGAAAUACCAACAGGACCUUCUAGCUCUUACUCACAUAAAGAGAAACUCAAGAUUUCACCUGUGAUUUUACCAGAUGUCCAGAAGACUGAGUUUCUAACAGCUCCCCCUAGUUCCUACUCAAAAAGAGAAAAACCCAAAAUUUCAACUGUGAGCGGACCAGAUGACCAGAAGACUCCGUUACCGACAGUUUUUCAUAAUUCCUGUUCUCAGAAUUUUGAGAUUGAGGAUAUUCUGAAGAUUUCACCUGUCCCUGAGCCAAUUGUUGUGAAUUCUGGGAUACCAAUACCUCUUUCUAGUUCCUCUUCCCACAGAGAGAAAUCUAAUAUUUUCUACCCACAGGAAUUGCCAGACAAACAUUUAGCUGAAGAUGCACUGAACGUUGCAUCAAUUCCUGUACCAGCUGACCAGAAAAGUCUGUUACCAACAGCUCCUCCUCGUUCCUUUUCACACAGAGAGAAACCAAAUUUAUUCUACCAACAAGAUUUUCCAGAUAGACAUCUACCUGAAGAUUCUGUGAUGUUCUCACGUGGUCUUGGGCAAGCUGAUCAGAUUACUGGUUUAUCAACAGUUACUCCUGGUACUUAUUCACAUAGUGAGAAGCAGAAACUUGUUUCAGACCAUGUUCAAAUGCUAAUAGAUAAUUUGGAUUCUCCUAACUCCAGUAUUAUCUCAAGCAGUAUGCCUUUAAGUUCUCAGGCUGAUGGUAGAGUUAUAAUAAGUAAGCCAGAAUCUUCAGGUUUUGAAGAUGUUGGCUCUGUGGAAAUUCAAGAUACAAGCAAUAGUUCCAAAACUCUUAAAGAGAUUCGGACCCUUUUAAUGGAGGCAGAAAAUAUAGCACUGAAACGAUGCAAUUUUCGUGCUCCUCUUGUCCCUUUCCGAGAUGUUAGUGAUAUUUCAAUUAUACAAUCUAAGAAGAUGGUUUGCUUCAAAGAGCCCCUCACAGCUGCUGAAUCUAAUAGUGAUUUGCCUCGGAGACAGCCAUUUACAGAGGAAAGCCCAAGCAACAAGUGCAUACAGAAAGAUAUUAGCACACAGACAAAUCUCAAAUGCCAGAGAGGCAUUGAGAACUGGGAGUUUAUUAGUUCAACCACACUUAGAAGUCCUCUACAAGAAGCAGAAAGCAAAGCCGGAGUGACGUUAGAUGAAACCCUUCGACAGUAUAGAGCAGCCCAAUCCGUAAUGAGAUCUGAACCUGAAGGGUAUAGUGGAACCAUUGGCAAUAAAAUUGUUAUCCCUAUGAUGACUAUCAUUAAAAGUGAUUCAAGUAGUGAUGCCAGUUCCUGCUCAUGGGACAGUAAUUCCUUGGAGUCAGUUUCUGAUGUUCUUCUAAAUUUCUUUCCAUGUGCUUCACCCAAGACAAGUUUGACAGAUAGCAGAGAAGAAGAAAGUGUGUCAGAGAGUGAUGAUUGUGGUGGUAGCAAUGUAGAUUCACUGGCUGCACAUGUCAAAAACCUUCUCAAGUGUGAAUCCUCAUUGAAUCAUGCUAAACAAAUACUCAGAAAUGCAGAGGAAGAGGAAUGUCGAGUACGAGCACGAGCCUGGAAUCUGAAAUUUAAUCUGGCUCAUGAGUGUGGCUACUCCAUUUCAGAAUUAAAUGAAGCUGACAGGAAAAAAGUAGAAGAGAUCAAAGCAGAGUUGUUCAGUCAUGGGAGAACAGCUGACUUGUCCAAGGGUUUGCCGAGUCCACAGGGAAUAAGAUGCAACCCAGAAGCUGUAUGUGGUCACAUCAUUAUUGAGAGCCAUGAAAAAGGAUGUUUCAGGACUCUAACUGCCAAACAACCACAAUUGGAUAGCCACCCUUAUGUUUUCAGACCUGCUGACCCCUCAGACGUUAUCAGAGGACAGCGGAGUCCAUCAUCAUGGAAAACCAGACACAUCAACCUUUCCAAAUCAUUAGACCAGAGUAACCCCCAUUUCAAAGUUUGGAAUUCCUUGCAGUUACGAAGUCCUUCCCCCUUUCAGAACUUUACAGCUGAUGACUUCAGAAUUAGCCAGGGUCUUCGAAUGCCUUUCCAUGAAAAGAUAGACCCUUGGCUAUCAGAAUUAGUAGAACCUGUGCCACCCGAAGAAAUGGAUUGUCAUUCUUCAUCACAUAUGCUUCCCUCAGAACCCAUGAAAAAGUUUACUACUUCCAUCACUUUUGCAUCUCACCGACACUCUAAAUGCUUUUCAGAUUCCUCUGUUCUUAAGGUUGGUGUUACUGAAGGUAGCCAGUGUACUGGAGCAUCUGUGGGGGUAUUUAAUUCUCAUUUCACUGAAGAGCAAAAUCCUCCCAGAGAUCUAGAACAGAAAACCUCUUCCCCUUCAUCAUUUAAAAUUGUUAGUCAUUCGCCAGAUACCGCUGUGACUAUUUUAGCAGAAAGUAGUAGGCAGAGUCAAAAAUUAUCUAUUGAACAUUCUCAGCAAGACGAAAAACUCUUAGAAAGAUCAGAUUUUAAAGGCAGUGAUUCUGAGCCCAGUACCAGUGCAAAGUAUAGCAGUGUCAAGGAAGUUCAUUUUUCUGAUAACCAUACUCUCAUUAGCGUGAGCAGACCAAGUUCCACACUAGGAGUAAAAGAGAAGACUGUAGCUAUAACUCCAGAUCUUUCUUCGCACGUUUUACUUGAACGACAAGAGCUCUUUGAACAAAGCAAAGCCCCACACACAGAUCACCAUGUGAGAAAAUACCAUUCUCCCCCUCCUCAACAUCAGGAUUAUGUAGCUCCGAACCUUCCUUGUCGCAUUUUUCUUGAAAAACGAGAACUCUUUGAACAAAGCAAAGCCCCACAUUUAGAUCAUCAGAUGAGAGAAAACCAAUCUCCCUUUCCUCAAGGUCAGGAUUAUAUAGCUUCAGACCUUCCUUCUUCCAUUUUUCUUGAACAACGUCAGCUCUUUGAACAAAGCAAAGCCCCAGAUGUAGAUCACAUGGGAAAAUACCAUUCCCCCUUUCCUCAAGGUCAGGAUUAUGUAGUAGAAAAGAAUAAUCAACAUAAGUUUAAGUCAUACAUUUCUAAUAUGAUAAAUGUUGAAGCCAAGUUCGAUUCUGUGGUCUCCCAACCAGUCCCAAAUCAAUGUACAUUAGUAUCAUCUGCAUCUACUCCACCCUCAAAUAGAAAAGCACUUUCUUGUGUUCGUAUAACUCUUUAUCCCAAGACUCCUUCCAAGGUGGAUAGUGGAACCUUAGAUAAAAGAUUGCAUUCAUUGGAUCCUGCUUCUAAAACAAGGAUGAAUAGUGAGUUUAACUCUGACCUACAGACUAUAUCUUCAAGAUCAUUGGAACCAACCUCCAAAUUAUCGGCCAGUAAACCUGUAGCACAGAAUCAAGAAUCUUUAGGUUUUCUAGGACUUAAAUCUUCACCGGACUUCCAAGUUGUACAGUCUCCUCUUCCAGAUAGUAAUACUAUUUCUCAGGACUUGAAAACCAUACCUUUUCAGAAUAGCCAGAUAGUAACCUCAAGGCAGACACAAGUGAACAUUUCAGAUUUGGAAGGAUAUUCCAGUCCAGAAGGGAUUCCAGUAUCUGCAGAUCGACCGUCAGAGGAGAUUAAGACCCCAUUUUCUGCCUUUUCUGGAAAAUUAUCAUCUGAUGCAGUCACUCAGAUAACAACAGAAAGUCCAGGAAAAACCACGUUUUCAUCUGAAAUUUUUAUUAAUGCUGAAGAUCAUGGAUUUGGAAGUACAGAGCCCAGUACCCAGAACGUGGACAAAGUUCCUGUCAAGUUUGUGUCAUCAUCUUCAGUUCGACAGAUUACUCAUCCUCAUGGCACAGAUGCCCAGCCUUCACUGUUGCCAUAUAAGCCUCCUGGUAGUACCAGGAUGUACUAUGUUCCACAAUUAAAACAGAUUCCUUCUUAUCUGGAUUCCAGAUCAGAUACCACCAUUGAGAGCUCUCACUCAGGAUCCAAUGAUGCCAUCGCUCCAGACUUCCCAGCUGAGGUGCUAGGCACCAGGGAUGAUGACCUGUCCAUCCCUGCUGACACUAAACAUAAAGAGGGGAUCUACAGUAAGAGGGCCGUGGCUAAGCCAUCCUUCUCAGUGGGGAAAAGCCCCCCUCAGAGAGAUAAUGCAGAUGCCGAAGUUCAAGUUUCUGUCAGUGGGGAUGAGAGCCUUUCAGACAAAAACCAGAAAAAGGAGAUCUACAGUAAAAAGGUGGUGGCUAAGGCUGCCCAACCUGAAGAGAAAGAAUUCUUGGAGACAGCCACUGCAGGUUCUAGUGGUGCUGCUGCUGCAGAGCCCUCAGCUCGACUACAAAACAUAAAGAUUGAAAGUCCACCAGACACUGAAGCCAUUAAACAGAAUGAAGAGAUCCAUAGUAAGAGGACAGUUCCUAAGGAAGCCUGGACAGAAGAUCAAGAAUCCUUGCAGAUAGAUAUUGCAGAGUCCAGAUGUCAUUCAGAAUUUGAAAAUACUACCCAUUCUGUCUUCAGGUCAGCCAAGUUUUACUUUCAUCAUCCAGUCCACCUACCAACUGAUCAAGAUGUUUGCCAUGAAUCCUUGGGGAGGAGUGUUUUCAUGAGGCAUUCUUGGAAAGAUUUCUUUCAGCGUCAUCCAGACAAACAAAGAGAACAUACUUGUCUUCCUUCCCCUGUUGAAAAUGUGGAAAAGACCAAGGCAGAUUAUACCAGAAUAGAGAGCCUCAGUAUCAAUGUAAACUUGGAAAACAAAGAAGUGAUGCAUUCCACUAAAAGUCAGGCUAGAGAUUAUCCAAAAUGUGACAAACAAAUUAGUGAUCCAAAAAGGGAUCAUAAGGUCACCCCAGAGCUAACAACUCAGCACACUGUGAGUUUGAAUGAACUCUGGAACAAGUAUCAGGAGCGACAGAAACAAAAGAAACCUCCCGAGUUUAGUGACAGAAAAGAACUAUCCUUGGUGGAGCGACUUGAUCGUUUGGCUAAACUUCUUCAGAAUCCCAUCACAUAUUCUCUCUGGGCCUCUGAAAGCACACAGGAUGAUAGCAGAGGGGAACGGGAUAUUAAGCAACAGCAGAAAAUCAAGUUUCAGAAAAAGAAGCGGUAUAAGAGCCUGGAGAAAUGCCAUAAAAACACAGGAGAGCUUAAAAAAAGCAAGGCGCUUUCUACUCAUCAAGCUGGGAAGUCCAACCAGAUUAAAAUUGAACAGAUUAAAUUUGAUAAGUAUAUCCUGAGAAAACAGCCAGGUUUUCAUUAUAUAAACAACACUUCCUCAGAUUCUAGACCAUCUGACGAAAGUGAGCUGCUCACAGACACUGCCACCAACAUCCUUUCCACAACCAAUUCUCCUGUGGAAUCUGAUAUCUUAACCCAAACAGAUAAAGAGGUGACUUUGCAGGAGAGAAGCAGCUCUAUUUCCACCAUUGACACUGCCCGACUGAUCCAAGCUUUUGGCCAUGAAAGGGUUUGUCUGUCACCCAGGCGAAUUAAAUUAUACAGCAGCAUUACCGACCACCAGAGGAGAUACCUUGAGAGGCGGAGCAAGAAGAAUAAGAAAGCUUUGAAUACAGGUCAUCCCCAAAUGACUUCUGAGCACACCAGAAGGAAACACAUCCAGGUGGCAAACCAUGUGAUUUCUUCUGAUUCUAUUUCAUCUUCCACCAGUAGUUUCUGGAGCUCAAGCCCCACCCUUUGCAACAAGCAAAAUGUACAUAUGUUAAACAAGGGUGUACAAGCAGGUAACUUGGAGAUCGUGAAUGGUGUCAAAAAACACACUCGAGAUGUUGGGAUGACUUUCCCAACUCCAAGCUCUAGCGAGGCUAGAGUAGAAGAGUACAGCGAUGUGACUUCUUGGUCAGAAGAAAAAAUAGAAGAGAAAAGUCUUCUCACCGGUUAUCUUGGGGAUAAAAAGUUAAGGAAGAACAAGCAGAGUUGCAGUGAAGGAGUUUCAUGGUUUGUUCCUGUGGAAAAUGUGAAGUGUGGUCCUAAGAAGGAAAACCUGCCCAAACUUUAUGGCCCUGGUAUCUGCUGGUUUGCACCAAUAACCAACACCAAACCGUGGAGAGAGCCACUGCGGGAACAGAACUGGCAGGGACAGCACAUGGACAGCCACGGGUCACUAGCAGGCCCAGGCAGAGAUCCCCCGAGGCCAUUUGUGAAAGCAACCCUACAGGAAUCUCUUCAGCUUCACAGGCCCGACUUCAUCUCCCGCUCUGGGGAGAGAAUAAAGCGUCUGAAGUUAAUAGUGCAGGAGAGGAAACUACAGAACAUGUUACAGAGUGAGCGGGAGGCACUGUUCAACACUGUCAGAGAAUGGCAAGGCUGCCAGGACCCAACACGCCGGCUCCUGAAGAGAGGCUUCCUGGAUGCCCAAAAGAACAGGCCUAUUGGAAAGAAGGAAAUGAUUCAGAGGUCUAAACGGAUUUAUGAGCAGCUUCCAGAAGUGCAGAGAAAGAGAGAAGAAGAGAAGAGAAGAUUGGAAUAUAAGUCAUACCGGCUACGAGCUCAGCUAUUCAAGAAGAAGGUGACCAAUCAGCUCUUGGGGAGAAAAGUUCCCUGGAACUGACAUAAGAAUAUUUUCCUGGAAUUAUAUUUUGUCAACCUGGAGAAGCACAAUCCUUACUUUUAUGAGUCUGGUUUAAUAAAACUUAACUCUUUUUCCAUGUGUAAUUUAGAAGUAGUAACAAUGGUGAGUAGGAUUAUGAGUGGUUUGGGAGCAAUACUUUGUCCGCUGCGAGCUUGCCACAGGGAUGUUUCUCACAAUGGUAUCAUUUCUGAAUUCUAGCCAGGAAUGAGUCCCCUUUUGUAUGUGUUUUUGUACUUUUAGAAAAUAAAUAACUUCUGAUUGAGUCAUAGUAAA